AUGGUGCGUCCUACACAAGAACCAGUAGCAUUUGAACAGCAACAGCAGCAGCAGCAGCAGCAGCAGCAGCAGCAGACGCCGCAGCGGACAUCAGAGGCGUCCGAUAGCGACGGUGUCGUCGACGAGAAGCACAAUGCACUGCUACCGCCCACCGCAGCAGCAACCCAGAAGAAGAGGAAAAAUGGCGGGGGACUGGAUCUCGACCAGGCCGACAAGGCGUCGCUGUCGAACCGGCUCAAAACGUUCCGCAAGUCGUUCAAAUACCUGUACAAUUUGACGCCGCAGCAGGUCGACGACUUCAUGGCUUCGUACGUAAUCUACAACCUGGACUGGGCCGACGAGGCCCAGAUGGUGGCCGAGCUGGGCCCAAACUACCGCGAGAAGGUCGGCGAGUGCCUCAAGUCCUACUACAGCAUCAUGAACCACCUGUGCGCGCUGGGCGACGUCGAGAAGAUGUACAUUCCGCCCUUCAUGGACAAGAACGCCUCCGUCAUCGAGAAUCAGCUGCUGUACGAGAAGGCCAUUGCCCGCGAGAUUGGCCUCGACACGCUCGGCCUCCGCGUGCUCGACAUUGGCUGCGGUCGCGGCCGCGUCGCCGCUCACAUGGCCACGGCGACGGGUGCUCUGGUCACGGGUCUCAACAUCGACCCCAACCAGGUUGCGCAGGCGCGCGAGUUCAGCGUCGAGCGCAGCCUGCGCAACGAGUUCAUAGUGCGCGACUUUAACGACCUGCCACUGCCCUUUGCGGACGCCUCAUUCGACGCCUUCUACCAGAUCCAGGCGCUGUCGCUGUGCAAGGACCUAGGCGGGCUGUUUCGCGAGAUCCACCGUGUCGUGCGCCCCGGUGCCAAGAUCUCGCUGCUCGACUGGGCAAGUCUGCCCGCCUACGACGCGAGCAACCCCGAGCACGUGGCGCUGAUGCGGCGCGUCAAGCCGCUCAUCGGGGCCGUCGGCACGCCGACGCCGCGCAGCCUCGAGAAGGCGCUUGAAGACGCCGGCUUCGUUGUGUUGCGAUCUGAGAACGCCAGCCAAGGCGACCUGCAGACGCCCCUCAUCGAGCGCGUCGACGUCUAUUUCCGCGCCAUGCGCCAGAUCAUCCUCGGCCUCGUCAAGCUGCGCUGUCUGCCCGCGCACUUCAAGACGCUGAUAAAUCGCCUGUGUCUUGAUGGCGAGGCGUUCGUCAAGAUGGACACGAUGCGGCUGAUCACGACGAGCUACUGGAUUGUGGCCGAGAAGCCGCAAUGA